AUGAAUAACGAUAGUGAUCCAUCGAAGUCACUCACCAGACCACACUUUCUGUUCGUGACAUUUGGAGCACAAGGCCACAUCAACCCAUCUCUCGAGCUCGCCAAACGCCUAGCCGUAACCAUCACCGGAGCUCGAGUCACCUUCGCCGCCCCAAUCUCCGCACACAACCGCAAUAUGCUCUCCAAAGAAAACGCCCCCGAAACCCUAAUCUUCGCCACAUACUCCGAUGGCCACGACGGCGGCUUCAAAUCCUCUACUUCCUCCGACAAAUCUCGCCAAGACGCAGCCGGACAGUACAUGUCUGAGAUGAGACAGCGUGGCAUAGAAACCCUAACCGAACUAAUCGAAGAUAACCGGCGUCAAAACCGGCCUUUCACCUGCGUGGUUUACACCAUGAUCCUCCUCACUUGGGUCGCUGAGCUGGCGCGUGAGUUCCACAUUCCUUCUGCUCUUCUCUGGAUCCAGCCAGUAACCAUAUUCUCCAUCUUCUACCACUACUUCAACGGCUACGCAGAUGCAAUCUCAGAGAUGGUUAUUAAUAACAACCCUUCCGGUUCUAUUAAAUUACCGUCUCUGCCACUGUUCCGUCUCCGUGAUCUUCCUACCAUCUUCGUCCCUACAAACGCAUAUUCGUUUCUUCUCCCGGCGUUUCGAGAGCAGAUAGAGUUACUGAAGCAAGAGGAAAACCCUAUGAUCCUUGUCAAUAGUUUCUAAGAGCUUGAACAAGAAGCUCUAAGUAUGGUUCUUGAUAAUAUCAACAUCGUCCCCGUCGGUCCGUUGAUAACCUCAAGGACCGACUCCGGGGCUGAUGGUGAAUAUGACGAGUGGUUGGAUACGAAAAUAGAUUCAUCUGUGGUUUAUAUUUCAUUCGGGACGCUUGCCGUGCUGAGCAAGAAACAGCUCGUGGAGCUUUGCAAGGCGUUGAUACAGAGUCGGAGACCGUUUCUGUGGGUGAUUACGGACAAGUCUUACAGAAGUAAAGAAGAUGGUGAAGAGAAAGAAGAAGAGGUCAUAAGUAGCUUCAGAGAAGAGCUUGAUGAGAUAGGAAUGGUGGUUUCUUGGUGCGAUCAGUUUAGGGUUUUGAAGCACAGGUCGAUCGGUUGUUUCGUGACGCAUUGCGGGUGGAACUCGUCGCUGGAGAGCUUGGUGGCGGGAGUUCCUGUGGUUGCAUUCCCGCAGUGGACUGAUCAGAUGACGAACGCGAAGCUUUUAGAAGAGUGUUGGAGGACGGGUGUGAGGGUGGUGGAGAAGAAGGAAGGGGAAGAAGUUGUGGUGGAGAGUGGGGAGAUACGGCGGUGCAUUGAGGAAGUGAUGGAGGAGAAGGGGGAGGAGUAUAGAAGAAACGCGGCGAGGUGGAGAGAUUUAGCGGCGGGGACGGUGAGAGAAGGAGGAUCAUCGUUUAAUCAUCUCAAAGCUUUUGCAGACGAGCACAUGUGAGAUUUGAUCUAGAUAGAUGAAUUCAGUUUUGUUAUUUCCUUUUUGAUAUUUACAUCAGUUAAUUACUACGUUAUUUUUUUUUGUAACACUCUGGUUCUUGCACUUUUUCUCCUUGGGGUGAACCGUCUACCACCAUAUAUGUAUACAAAACAUUACGCAAAACAUUACGUUA